AAUAGAGAAGAUCUCAUUGCGUGUCGUGUAACCGAGUAGUAGCUCUAACCUCUUUACCAUUGACACACACACACCACAUCCUUAAGCAAACCCUAAUUACAGUCGUAUCUCUAUCUCCUCGCAUUCGAUACCAAUCGCUUCCCGAAGCUUCCAAUAUAUUCUCUUGCUUGUCAUUGUUCAUCUCUCGAUUUCAAUUUCCUAAAUUACGUUUCUUUUAAAUCACCACACCAGUAUACAUACUUUUUUGUCGUUUCUGGGUCUGAGGAGCCCUAUCUAUCUUCCAUCGCUUUCAAAAUCGCCGUCCAUCAGAGUAUUUGUUUGGUCCCGUUUCUACGAAUUUGUAUAAAAAGAUCAAUCCUUUUUGUAGAAACUAGCGACGAUUCAUCACCUCGAUUCUUGGGUUUGAUCCUUGGGUUUGAUCAGAAGACUCUAGUUGGUUGAAAGAGGAAAGAAAAAAAGAAAGAAGGAUGGUUGGUGGUGGAAACAGGAGAGACGAAGGAUCGAUGCCGAUUCAAAACACCAACUUGUUUGCUGCGUUGGAUACUUCAAGGAAGAAGAAGAAGUCUGGUAAGUCGAGCAAAGGUUCCUCUAAGUCUCGACAAGAUCCACCAAAGGAGCCUGAGCCACAGGUCUUCUGGGCACCUACUCCUCUCAAAGCUAAAGCUUGGGCUGAUAUCGAUAGCGAUGAUGAAGAUGAUGACUAUUACGCUACCACUGCUCCACCUCAGUCCUUGUGGAGCACUUCUGAAGCCUCCCAUUCCGAUGCCAAAGACGUUCACGUUGAGGAAAGUGAAAGCGAAGAAGACAUUCUUGAUGAAGGAGAUGAUGAUGAUGUGGAGGAAGAACAAGGAACAGAGACACAAGUUCAUCCAGAAGCAGAGGCUGAGGUGAAAAAGGCUCCUGAAGUUCCUGCACCUCCUAAGGAGGCAGAGAGGCAGCUUUCCAAGAAAGAGAGGAAAAAGAAGGAACUUGCUGAGCUUGAGGCUUUGUUAGCAGAUUUUGGAGUUGCACCCAAAGAUGAGAAUGGUCAAGAAGACUCUCAAGAGAAGCAAGGGAAGAAAGAAGUCGAUGGUGAGGGAGAGAAGAAGGAGAAUGCAACUGGAGAAUCGAAGGCCUCAAAGAAGAAGAAAAAGAAGGAGAAACAGAAGGAAGCAAAAGAAACUCAGAGUGAAGUGAAGAGUAACUCGGAUGCUGCAAGUGAGUCUGCUGAGCAGGAGGAGUCUUCUUCAUCAAUUGAUGUGAAAGAACAAUUAAAGAAGUUAGCAUCGAUGAAGAAGAAGAAAUCAAGCAAAGAUGGGGAUAGUGGUGCAACAGCUGCUGCAAAGGAAGCAGCAGCGAGGAAGGCAAAGUUGGCCGCCGCGAAGAAAAAAGAAAAGAAAAACUACAAUCAGCAACCGGUGAGGUGAAGAAAUCAUCAAAAUUCACCCACCGUUUUGAUAUGAACAUGUGUUUGACGGGUUUUGUUCAUAUGAGACUUUGCCUUGAACAAAAUCUUUUGAUGGGAGAAUGUGGUUGGCCCGUAUUUUUAGAAUUAUGACUUGGAUGGAUCUUUUUAAUCGUAUCACACACAGUGAAACACUGAAACAUGAAAUGAAAAGCUUUCUCUUUGAAUU